AUGGCUGAAGCCAUCCGUGGCACCUUAUUAUGUUCAAAACCAACACAGACACUUGGCAAGAGACGUUGGGAAGAUUUAGAUCCCUCUGACCAGGAUCUCUUGAAUUCCCAAAAGUCUACCAAGCGUCUGAGAACCUCGAGACUGGACCCACAUCGCCCAGCGAAACAUCAAACAGCUUUGGCCCAUGAUUCACAACAAACUAAAGAUCAAACAUCCCCAGCGGAAACCAUUUCGACACAAUCAACACCACCUGACGCUCCGAAAAGAGACAUUCAAGAAGAUCCCUCCAAAAUAUUAAAGAUGGGGCAAGAAAACUGUAGUAUCAAUGAGUGUCACAUGGAGAGUGAUGGAUACGUGAAGGGAAAGAUCCACUCUUACAAGGCGCUCAAGUCUACGCUCAUGCAACGACGAAAACCACUGGUAGCUGACGCUACAUACUCCAUCUCGAGAAAGACAGGACAUCACGUCUCCUUUGGCGCCUCCAAAGCCGAAGGGAAACGCAUAGGGCUAUGCGAAAAGAACUCUGGACGCAAAGGAAGCCCUCCUCAAACGUUUCAAGGCACGAAGAAGCCAGAGGAUUCGAAGACGCUCAACAAUACACCACCCCAAAAAGGGCUAGCUGUCAAGAAACCCAGCUGUCCGAUACUCCAUCACAAGAAAGAGCCAACUGGAGAGCAUCUAGAGGUACUUCGAGGUCAAGCAGGGCACAAAGGAAACCCCCACGAGCUGAAUCUCUCUGAUGAGAAGAAAAUAUCCACAACAAGUAAGGCACAAUAUGUGCGAUUUAUCGAUUAUCUCCUUCAUGAGAACGAAAUAGACAACAUUACAGCCGCAAGCAUGCUCAAAGCUAUCGAGAUAGCUACAGGCGUCGAUUUGACGAAGUAUCGGAGAUCUCUCAAGAUACUCAUUGUGGAACGAAUCAACAAAUGCCUGGAAGAGCUUCAGGAUUUCACUCAAGUUGACGGCCAUACCACAUCAGAAGAAAACGAUCCCCCCCACUCAUCCCCAACAAAUCGGAAGCACAAACGUGAAAAUGCUGAAGACGAUGAGCUACUGUAUUCGCCUCGAAAGAAAAAGCCAAAAGCUUCCAUGGCAGACGAAACCCUCCCUUCUGUUCGAACAAUCUUCGAAGGAGCCACUUGCGAACCAUAUCCAACUCAAAUCCGAGGCGAAGACAUCCUUGGAAAUGCCUACGAGCCCACCGACUGUCUUGACGAUUUUCCCCAACAGCCACAGUUGUUCCUCAGAGAUGGCCGCGAGCUCAAGAUCACGAAAAUGACGGCAGGCGAACCAGCAAAAGACGUCGUUCGCACCGUCUUUCCGAAGAAAGGCGCAGACCCGACAGCAGUCCAGCUCCUUGCCGACCCGAAGCGCAAAGCGUUUGAGGCUUCGCGGUAUGCGUAUAUCACACGCAAAGCGAAGACAUUCCUGCUCCCCGCUAACAAGUUCCUUCGCGACCGUCGAAAGCGGAGAGCUGUUGGGCCAAUCGAGCUGAGGCAGUGCGCAUUACUCAAGGCUAGAGUAGCCAAUGGGACUGAAUCAGCUGCCCCAAAUAGAGGUAUCAUGAACAUAUUCAGGUUCAAGAGCUACAGGGUCGACAAGAGAAUAGGUUCAGAACGAAAACACGAAAAUAAAAGUAGAAGUGAUGUGGAUAAUGCAUAG